AUGAAGGCUGCACGCUUUCACGGCGUAAAAGACAUUCGCAUUGAGGAGAUUCCACUGCCUACCACAGCGGCGGGUCUCGCCCUUAUCGAUGUUGAGUGGUGCGGCAUAUGCGGCACAGACCUUCAUGAAUAUCUCGCUGGCCCUGUAUUGAUAUCUCCUACAAACAAACCUCAUGCUCUGACAGGCGAGCAUAUGCCUAUCGUUAUGGGCCAUGAGUUCUGCGGCCGUAUCCGCCAACUACCAGAUGGCUAUCGCGGUGUUCUAGCCGUCGGACAACCUGUCAUGGUCGAUCCGCGGAUCUACUGUGGCAUCUGUAAUACCUGCAAUGAAAUUUCGACAAAUUUUUGCCCGAAGAUAGGAUUUCUUGGGUUGAAUGGGCAAGGAGGAGGUCUCGCUGAGACAGCAGCCGUUGAUGUCAACAUGUGCUACGCCCUACCCGAAACUGUCGAUUUGAGAUUGGCUGCACUGAUUGAACCCCUGUCUGUGGCCAGACAUGCUGUGCGGGUUUCUGGUAUUACUGAUCUUUCGCGAAUCAGAGUGCUUAUUCUUGGGGGUGGCCCAAUUGGUCAGGCUGUAGCGCUGACUUUGAAGAACUGGGGCGCUCUGGAGGUUAUUGCCUCAGAGCCGGCCGACUUGAGACGAGAGCAGAUCAAGCACUUGGUAGACGCUGUGAUCGACCCCAGGGCGCAGAACGUUGUUGCUGAAUGUAAAAACCUAACAUGUGGGUCUGGAAUUGAUUUGGUAUUCGAUUGUGCUGGUGUUCUCCCUGCGAUGAAUGCUGCAUUCGACGCCCUGAAGAAUAGAGGGAUUUAUGUCAAUGUUGCAGUGGCAUGGCAGUCGCCGCCCAUUAUCCCUCUGACAGCGUUUAUGCUCAAGGAAAUCACUAUCAAAGGAACUUUAACGUAUGAAGACGAGGAUUUCGCUGCCGUCGUCCACGACUUUUCAAUAGGCAGAUUUGGGAAUCUUGAAUCAAUGGUGACCGCGCGAAUUGGACUUGAUGAGGUAGUCGACGGCGGCUUCGAGCGACUCAUCUGCGAUAAGGACAGACACAUCAAGAUUCUAGUGAUACCCAGACGGCAUCUCUUGAGCCUGUGA